AGUUCUUCUCAUUGUUUGUUCCGUCAAUGUCUUCUCUUUUCAUUUCCCACACUUUCCCUUCAUCUCCCAUAAAAUCUAGCUCUUUUCUCACCCUUUCCCCGCACCCUCGUGCUUUCACUUCCUUCAUCGUCAUGAACUCCUCGAAAAACAACAAUAACCUCACAACUCCACCCUCACAAGAUAAGAAUGAAAAAGUGUCUUUCGCCGUGGCAACAGGGGAGUUUUUCGUGGGAAUUGCAUCCAGAUUAAUUAAAAGCAGUUCGAAUUCUAAAGAUUCAAGCUCAACAAUCCCUGUUUUGAGCAGACCCAGAAAGAAAAUCAGUGAGAAUGAGCUUGGAAAUGGUGGAAACAGCGGUAAGGAGAGAAUUGGGUUAGUGAUGGAGGAUGAGAUAGAGCCAGAGGUGAUAUGGGAACAAAGAGUGAAGGAUAUUGAAGCUGAGAAAGAAAGAAGAGUAGUUACAAGCCCUGGGUUUAGUUUUUCUGCUGCUGGCCUUUUGUUCCCUUAUCACCUUGGAGUUGCCCAGUUUCUCAUUGAAAAGGGUUACAUAAAGGAAACCACACCAUUGUCUGGUUCAUCUGCUGGUGCUAUAGUAUGUGCAGUGAUUGCUUCUGGAGCUAGCAUGGAUGAAGCCCUAAAAGCAACUAAAAUCCUGGCUAAUGAUUGCCGGCUUAAAGGGACUGCUUUUCGUCUUGGGGCUGUUCUCCGAGAUGUUCUUGACAAUUUUCUGCCUCAUGAUAUUCAUACUAGGUCCAACGGGAGGGUUCGUGUUGCUGUAACUCAGGUUCUUUGGAGGCCUAGAGGUUUACUGGUGGAUCAAUUUGAUUCUAAAGAAGAUCUAAUCAAUGCAGUCAUUACAUCUUCCUUCAUUCCUGGGUAUCUUGCUCCUCGCCCAGCGACAAUGUUUCGGAAUCGUCUAUGCAUUGAUGGGGGUUUAACAUUAUUUAUUCCCCCAACAUCUGCAUCUAAAACGGUCCGAGUUUGUGCUUUCCCAGCCAGUCUGUUGGGAUUGCGUGGAAUUGGGAUAAGUCCAGACUGCAAUCCUGAAAAUAGGGCUACUGGAAGACAGCUUUUCAACUGGGCGCUGGAGCCGGCAGAUGAUGAAAUUCUCGAUAGACUUUUUGAGCUUGGAUAUCUAGAUGCAGCUGUAUGGGGAGAGCAGAACCCUGUGGAGAACGUUGUUGUAGAACGAAGUCCCCUUGUUGGGAAUGGUUCUGCAAAGUAAAUACUUAAGACGGUCCUUAAUUUUAAUGGAUAGCUUUCCAGGGUAACUCUCAACCUUGACAAUUUGGAGUAGACCUGGCAAACUUGAUAUGAACCCGAUUACCCUGACAAAUAGGGUAAUUCUAAUUUUACAUCAUUUCAACUCUACUUGUAUCCAGGUCAUGAAAUUUUUAUGAACCAAAAUAGGGUCGACCUAAAGCUUUUCAAUGCCAUUAUAGUAUCUUUUUA